AUGAUUUGCUGCAGAAUCUUGGAAUUGAGGAAGGAGAAGUCACGUGAUGCGGCUAGGUCGAGGAGGGGAAAGGAAAAUUUUGAAUUUUACGAGUUGGCGAAACUGCUGCCCCUGCCAGCCGCCAUCACAAGUCAGCUGGACAAGGCCUCCAUCAUCCGACUGACCAUCAGUUACCUGAAGUUGAGGGACUUCUCCAGCCAUGGUGACCCUCCGUGGAAUAGAGAUGAACAGAACAUCGUGAAGACUUUGAAAGCACCCCCUCAAUGCAGAUCCACCAUGAACUUGGUUCAGGAUGUAUUCGAAUGUCAUCAGGGAACGCAUAUUCUUCAGUCGCUGGAUGGAUUCGCAUUCGCCCUCUCGAAUGACGCCAGGUUCCUCUACAUCUCCGAAACUGUCUCCAUCUAUCUAGGACUCAGUCAGGUUGAAAUGGCCGGAAGCAGCAUCUUCGAGUACAUCCACAGUCACGAUCACAAAGAGCUGGCCGAACAGCUGGGACUCAACGUUCCCAAGCAAUCCACAUCCCUUUCCUCCUUCUCCUCACCAUCGUCAGCCACCUCCGAUGAAGGGUCGUCAUCAGCACCCAACCCUACAAGAUCUAGCACUCCCAUCAUGGACAGAGUAUCCGUCAUGAGUCCCAACCCAUCGACAGGGUACGAUCGGUGCUUCUGCAUCCGCAUGAAGUCCACACUCACCAAGAGAGGUGUCCACUUCAAAUCUUCUGGAUACAGGGUAGUUCAAAUUGUGGCCCACCUAAGACCUCAGUAUACUUACUCCUCUGCAUCAUCUUCGUCAUCUUCAUCUUCUUCCUCCUCUCAAAAGCAACUACCCCCCCUGUUGGGACUGGUUGGAAUGGCCAUUGCCCUGCCCCCACCAACCAUCACAGAGCUCAUCAUCGACAAUGACAUGUUCAUCACACGACUAAGUCCUCACCUCAAGAUCACCUACUGCGAGCCAAGAUUGUCUGACAUGAUGGACAUGCCGUCGGAGGAUCUCAUCAACAAGAGCCUCUACGACUUCUGCCACGCCGAGGACCUCAAGAAACUCAACAAGGCUCACAGCGACCUGCUGAACAAGGGUCAGGUGUUGACUGACUACUACAGACUGAUGAACAAACACGGCGGCUUCGUGUGGGUGCAGACGUGCGCCACCAUCAUCUGCAACGCCAAGAACGUCGACGACCAGAACAUCAUCGCCAUCAAUUAUGUCCUCAGGUUUGUUUUUCACCGAUCGUUUAUAUUUUAA